ACCCGCGCGGCGCCUGGGCGGGGCAGCCACUGCGCCUGCGCCGCCGCCAUCGCUGCCCCCCGCGCCCCGGCCCCGCUGCUGCCGCCGCCGCCGCCGCGCUCCGCCCGCCGGAGGGUCCGUGUGUCUAUGUGUGCCCACUCUUCCUUGGGAGAUGUCCAAUGUUUCCAGUUAUGCCCUUCGAAUGGCCCGGCUGAGUGCUCAAAUAUUCGGAGAAGUUGUCAGGCCAACUGACUCAAAAUCUAUGAAGGUGGUGAAGCUGUUCAGUGAGCAGCCUUUGGCCAAGAGGAAGGAGGUCUACGACUGGUAUCCUCCUCACAACACCUACUACGCCCUCAUGAAAAAGCUCCGUUACUUUGGUCUCUACAGGGAUGAGCAUCAGGACUUUAAGGAGGAGAUGAGGCGAUUGAAAAAGCUCCGUGGGAAGGAAAAGCCAAAGAAGGGUGAAGGAAAGAGAGCACUCAAGAAGAAAUAAUGCCGUUUGGACAGUAUAACUCACUACUUGGGAAGAGCUGGAGAGCAGCUGUUCUCCAGCCUUUCUGUUCCCAGCUGGAGAGGACUUGGCAAGUGAGCUGCAUGUGGGGCACAGGAAACAUGCUGUGAAAUACCGAAGUCCACCUUGGGAAUGCACUUAGAUCUUUGUGGUUUUAUUGGGUUUUAAUAUCUGUGGUUUAAAUAUACUGUAUAUUGUAGCGCAUUCAUUUGUCAGAGCCCUCUCUUACCUAAGUAGUAAAAGCUAUACUAAUAAAAAGAAGUGGUCAGUGUUUUUCUUGGAAAUACUUGUAGUGGUUUCAGUUUUUCUUGAUCUGGAAAAUUGUUUGUCAUUGUCUGUUUUAAUUUGUUGGAUUAAGAUGAACAUUGUUUUUCAUGUGGCUACAAAAAAUAGUUUCCUGCUUCUACUGCUGCCUCUCAUCUUGCCUGUUAUAGUGAGUUUAACCUCAGGUAUCUUUAGUGUUAAUUUUUUUAAGUUGCUUUUAGAAUCUAUUGUUCUGCAUUUAGCACUGGACAUGGUCCAGUGUCUGCCCACAGCACUCUUGUUGUACCCUGAAUAUUUAGAUAUUGCAACAGAAGAGGCUGAAGUUUGAGGGCUUAAAUUGUUUUCCAGUUUGAGACCCCUUACUGAUUAUCAUUUUAAAUUUACUGUAAUAAAAGGAUUUUGAAUAUAUUUUAAUUUCUUCGAUGACACGUGGGAAGUACUUCAUAAGCUGAUGAAGUUUUACUGGUAUUCAGUUUGUGGCUUUACUGCUUGGCUUCUCCAGUGUUGGUAAUAUUAGUAACUGCAUAUAUCUACCAUUCUUACCUGUCAGUCUCCAUCUCAGAACAGAAGGUACAGAAUGCAGCUGUGCUGCUCUGUGUGAACACAUCUGCAUCUUGCCUGUGUGUGGCCUGAAACAGCAUCUUUUUAGUUUCCAGACCAUGUAAGCUUAGAGUAACGUCCUGGAGGUAGUAAAGGAAAGCUGUUAUAAAGGUGGAGUGACCAGAGCAGAAAGUACCUGUACAGUCAGCUUGGGGUAUUCUUGAGAGAGGCAUUCUGAAGUCAGGAGCAGUGCUAACCUACUGACAUUUUGGAACCAGGCUUGUUCAAAUUUAAAUGUGUUUGAAGGGAUCUGUUCAAUCCUUGAAAUUGGUGGAUCCACAUAGGUUGGGAACAGCUCAACAACUGUACUAUGGCAAGGUUAUUAAAGAGGUGUUGAUUGUACUAAGUGUGUUCUGGUGAACUGUGUAGUUGUUCAGUAUCCUUACUGAGUGUUACCUGGUUUUCUAACUCUUAAGAGAGGAUGAUUUUAGGAGAUCUGCAGUAUUGUGGAAGAAGUGCCUGAGUUCUUACCAUGGUCAACAAAAUGCUAUAGAAGUUAGUAAAAUACAUAUCUGCUCUGUACUGUAGUGCUAAAUUUCUCUUAUUCUAAAUUAAAAACCUUUUAGUAACUUGCAACUUGUGCUCAACUCUGAUGUGGCAUUUUGAUGUUCUGUGUGCUGUUUAUGGGUUGUGACCUGUCUGGUACUGCAAUUUACAAAGCCUGUGAUGGACCCUCUUGAGAAGUACGUGGUUCCUGGGAUAUAUGUGUGCAACUGAGGGGAAGUGAUCUAGUUCCCUCAAAUUAUUCUUCAGGAAGGAGAGAGCAGAUGGAGCCAGGUACUAGGUAGGAGAGGGAAUUGCCUGAGUAGGAAGGUUGCUGCUGCUGUGUUUCUGGCUGUGAGUGGGUGGGGUGGGGUUGCUCUGUUGCUUUGUUUAGUGGAGAGAAAGACCAGUUCUGAAACUCUACUAGAAUUAACUGUUGCAGCCAUGGACAUCUGGUUAAGUGUAGGUAUGACAGCUUUGGUGGCAAGCACUUGGUGUCUUCCAAAAUUGAACCAAAGAUCAGUAAAUAUUUUCCCUGCAAUUUAAGAGGAAAAAUAACAGCAUCUUUGUUGUUCCUGUGACACAGUAAAAGCUUUGACAGUGUAAACACAAGAGAGACCGUGUGCGUGCAUCAAGAAGUGAGUUAUGGUUCUACUCCAGUAAAGUAUGCAUGGCCUUAAAUUCUGUGUGUGGAGAUACCUGGUUAUGAGUAUACAUAGGAUAUAGAGAACAGUGCUACAGCACGAUUGGCCAUCGCUUAGGCUUCUGAAUCCAUGUUUAGCCUGCUUAAGGCUGAGCAUCUACAGACCCCUGCUGAGGGCAGUGAAUGCCACCAGUGCUCAGUAGCUUAGUGUGCCACCUCGCUACACAUGGAUACGGACUCAGCAGUGUAGUAGUUGAUAAUUAGGCUUGAGGAUUGUAUCUGUUCUUCCUUGUCUGCUCCAAGCCACUUAGCUAUUUAUGGGUUUUGAGAAGUCCCUGUCAUCAACAGGAAAGUGAAAGGCUUGUUUGACUAAUCAUGUAUAAUGAUCCCCUGUGUCUACAACUUGCCAGAGCAAACCUGCUCUAGAAUCAAAGCAUCACCCUGGGAACGUGCUUCAGGAAGAUACUUAUUGCAGCAUAUCCAAGAAGGGAGAGGAACUGAUACAAGUGCCUGUGAAGUAAGCAGACAUGAAACAAAUGGACUGAAUUGUUGAUUUUCAUCUUUGGAGUGUUUACAGAAAUAGUGGAUGGAGCAAAAAAUUAUAACUUUUUUAAACAGCAAUAAAAGUACAUGAGAGGUUCCCUUGA